AUGAAUCAAACAGCCGACCCCGGUCUAAUUGAUAUAGUUGCUGAUGGGAUACCAUACUACUUGUACGAAUAUGAACAUAUUCUAAAAGAGUAUCCGCAGGUGAUUAACUUUGGGUUGUUUUUGGGAAUUUCCAUUGGGAUAGUUAUAUUUGCCAGUUUCACCACCUUGAGUAAACCACGAACCGCCAAGGAUCCAAUCCACGAUAGACUCAGUCCCUGCUACGACGUGAGUGAUCGCGACGAAAGCGAUUACUUGGUGAUGAACUCGUUGCCGUUGAAAUUCUUGAACAAACAACAGUUGAGUUUCAAAAUGGCUUUGGUGUAUCCGUUCAUUGGUGGGUCGGUCCUAUACGGGUUAUACUAUUGUAUGAACAACUACGAUACCAACCAGUUGUCGAAAGUGUUGAACUGGUACGUGUUGUUGAUGUCGCCGGUGGUGUAUUAUAAUAACCUCUACUACGGAAUGACUUUUGCGUUGAGAAAAUUGGGCUUCUGGCUCAAACUACCAAAUAACUCCGGGUGGUUUUUCCCCAGGUACCGAUUGAGUUUGAGUACCGAGCAGGAUUUCCCGCUCGGGGUGUUGGAAGAAGUCAAUUGCGUCAAGUUGAAUGAAAACGACUAUAACGACGAAAAAUGGUUUAAGAAGUUCAAGGUGUUUAACAAGUUUGAAAAUGGCAUCAAGAUAUUGAAGCCAACCAAUGUCUUGAAAGACCACCAAUUGUUUAAUCUUGUAUUUGACUUGAAAAUGAUGGUCUUAUUACCAGUCACCGGGUUGUUGAGUACGCUUUUCCACCAGUAUAAUCCUAUUUUCAACGAGGGUUACUCCAAACAGUCCACCAACUGGUUAGUGAUUGACCUUGUUGGAAUCAACUUUGCCAUAUUUGGAAUCAAGAAUUUCAAGAUCGAUUCAACCAAAACAUCACUACUCUUAUUGAUUGGAUUAUUCAUUUAUGAUAUCUAUUUUGUCUUUGGAACAGAAUUAAUGGAAUCGGUGGCUACUGGAUUGGAUAUCCCCAUCAAGAUUUUGUUACCCAGCAACAAUGGCAAAUUCAAUUUAUUGGGAUUGGGCGAUAUAGUAUUACCAGGCUCGUUUAUUUCAUUAUUGUUAAGACUCGACUUAUACAACCAUUAUCAAAAACAAGAAAAGAGAAUCUCAUUCCACCAUUUGAACCAUUUUGAUAAACCCUACUUCAUCGCCGGAAUAUUCAGUUACGUAUUGGGACUUUCCAUCUGUAUGGGGGUUCUUUUAUUGUUCAAUCGCGGACAACCAGCACUACUCUAUAUUGUUCCUAGUUUACUAGUUGGGACCGCGGUUACUGCAUUACGCCAACAGGAGUUUAAAAAAGUAUGGCAGUUCAAUGAAAUCAUGAAAGAGUUUGAAGAACAACCAAGAAGUUUGAAACAGGUGGAGGAAGAAGAAGAAAACGACGAUGACUACGUGGAAAGCGAAAGCGACGACGACGACUUUGAGUACGAAGACGAUACCGAAGACGAUUUACAGAACUUGAUCGAUGAUCAACUUUCUGAACCCCAGGUUAUCUACGAAUUCGGCGACUCCGAAGACGAUACCUGUGUGAUUGACUCUGAAAUCGAUUUGUAA